ACAAGUCUGUCACUCGUAAUUUUAAACAAAUUUCAAUAUUAAAAAAAAUAAACAAACAAUACAUUACAUAAAUAUAAUUUUAAUAGUAUUAAUUAUGUUAAGAAACAAAUUAAAGGUACACAACUAAUAUAUUCUUAGGUCAGUAAAGAAAACUUGUCGAGAUGGCUGAUGAUGACGCACCUUCAGAUAGCAGUCUCUUGGUAAUUGUAGUCGACACAAAUCCGAACCAGCGCUACAUUACAGAGGAUCCCAAACUGUUGACAGGAUGCCUUGAUGCUAUGAUUGCAUUUGCAAACUCACAUCUAAUGCAAAAAUCUAGUAACUUAUUAGCAGUUAUUGGAUGUCACUUUCAUAAAAGUGAAUUCUUGUAUCCGUCUCCAGGCAAACCACUGGAUGUAAGACAAAUAGAUGGCCAGUAUGAACUAUUUACUUUAGUGGAAAAAACAAUAAAAAUGAGAUUAGUAAAUUUAAUAAAAAGUCAACCACAAGAUGACAAGCCUGGGGAGUCCUUACUUGCAGGGGCUUUAGCUAUGGGUCUUUGUUUUAUAUCAAGAAUGCGCCGGGAAGCAGCGCCAGGCAUACGAAUGAGCAGCCGAAUCCUCAUAGUGACCGGCAGCUCUGACACCGCAGCACAAUACAUCAACUAUAUGAAUGUGUUCUUCACUGCACAGAAGCAGCAAGUACUGAUAGACGUAUGCUCGCUGGACAAACAUCUUAGUCUACUGCAGCAAGGCUGCGACAUAACAGGUGGUCUUUACCUGAAAGUACCGUCUCUGGAAGGCCUUUUGCAAUACUUAUUGUGGGUGUUCCUCCCGGACGCAUCAGAACGCGGACAACUAGUGCUGCCGGGGCGCGGCCGCGUGGACUAUCGCGCCGCCUGCUUCUGUCACCGCGAACUGCUCACCAUCGGUUACGUGUGUUCCGUCUGUCUCAGCGUAUUCUGCAAGUUCAGUCCAAUAUGCACAACUUGCCACACGGUGUUCAAAACUGGUGGCCCACUUCCAAUCAAACCGAAAAAGAAGAAAAUGAAGGUGUAAAUAUAUGAGACUGGUGUGUACAUAAAAUAUUAUUAUUAUAAGUUUUAAAUAAU